GAGCACUCUUUUAAACUCAUGUCAACCGGAAGUACCUUCAUAAAAUUAAGGCAAAUGGCGGGUAUUGGCGCCCGACCGCUUUGUAGAUGAAAAUCAAACCACUUCUUCUUCAUACACAAGCUUAAAAUGACCGAGAAACUUGAGCAGGCUCCCCGUGGCAUCAUCAUUCGGCCGCUCUACCACAAUAAAAAAGAUGAAGACAUGGUUCAACACAUCCUGUGUCUGCUCAACAGUGUGGGCGUGCGCAAUCUCGACAUUAGGUUCAUUCGGAUCUUUGCCCGCAGCGGGUGCGCAAAAGUCGGGCUGCGCAGCAAAGAUGUGGAGGACUACGCCGUGAAAGUUUUGAAGGAGGUGAAAAGUCUGAUGAGUUUGUACGACCUCCGGCUACUCACCGAUCGACCGAAGUGGCUGAAGGUGGACCGGAUGGCCUCUUUCAAGAUCGUGCCAGUGGGUACAGUAAGUAUACCGUCGGUACAGGGUAACAAUACCUACAUAAUUAGUGAUAAGGUUGGCUGAUUACCAAAGUGUCGUGGCAGAGUAGGCACAGAAAGGACACAGGGCUCUGUGGAGUGCAGUGGCAGAGUAGGCACAGAAAUGACACAGGGCUCUGUGGAGUGCAGUGGCAGAGCAGGCACAGAAAGGACACAGAGCUCUGUGGAGUGCAGUCCUUUGGAUGUAUAUUGAUUUAAACAUGGUCAUCUACAUCGUGACCGACUCUCCAUUCUGUAAGCUUCGAUCGCACCGCUGAUCACUACCGUUGUCCUUUUGAAUUGGAUGUCAGACUUUUGGUUCACAUCGACGGCAUGGUCAAUAAAGUAGAUGUUAAAUAGAGAUAGAAAGAGAGAGAGAGAGAGAAAGAUAGAAAGAGAAAGAUAAGUCGGUGACCAUUCUGUCAAAGUGAUAAGUCGUUGACCAAUCUGUCAAAGUGAUAAGUCGGUGACCAAUCUGUCAAAGUGAUAAGUCGGUGACCAAUCUGUCAAAGUCAUAAGUCGGUGACCAAUCUGUCUAAGUCAUAAGUCGGUGACCAAUCUGUCAAAGUGAUAAGUCGGUGACCAAUCUGUCAAAGUGAUGAGUCGGUGACCAAUCUGUCAAAGUGAUAAGUCGGUGACCAAUCUGUCAAAGUGAUAAGUCGGUGACCAAUCUGUCAAAGUGAUAAGUCGGUGACCAAUCUGUCAAAGUGAUGAGUCGGUGACCAAUCCAUCGAUGGAAUGAAAAGACUUACUCUCUAACAUUGCCUCGUUUUCUGGGAUUAAAUCAAGGGACACAUUCAAGUAAGAAGUAAGAGCCAGAAAAAAAAAAGUCAAAUGAGAAAUUUUUUUAAUGAACAAAUUGUGAACAACAAAUUAAAUUUUAAAAACAACAACAAAAGCAACAACAGGGAAAGCAUAGAUGCUUUCAUUUUUAUUCAAUAAUCAACUUUGCAUAAACAUUAACAGGUUUAUCUCCCCUUGUCAAUGUAUAUUUUCAGACAACUACACCUCAAGUAAUCGUUUCAAAUUCUCAGCCUAGGGCAUGGGCCCAAAAGUCAACCGGAGCGAUGCAGCGUGAUGGCCAGCCAUCCACUUCAACAGAAACCAUCGACCGCAUGUCAACCGAGACCAGCUUCAGCUCCCACCAGGAGCCGUCUCUGAGGCCCGCGGUGCUCACCGCAGCAACAUCGACACCCUCGCUUCCGCCGUGCGGCUGCCCCGAGACGGUGUUCUACUUCGUCAACCAGACGAUAGGGCCGCGCACUCGGCAGAACGCCUUCGUCCCGGCCAAAGGUUUCGACAGCCUUCCGCAGCGGGUUCAGAAUCUUCUCGGCCGUCACUUGUGCGGCUUCCUGAACUCCGAGGGCGGCGUCCUGUACAUCGGCGUGCAGGACUACGGGGUGGUCGAGGGCGUGGACAUGGGCGGAAGUCUCGAGAAGCAGCUGCUGGAAAAUGUCGCCGCCGCCGCGGACAAUAUCGAGCCCCGGGUCUUCCCGGAUGAGUAUUCGGUGAACUUUGCCAAGGUCAAGGACGAGAACGGAAACACCCUCCAGAACAAGAAAGUGGUUGAGGUGUGCGUCAAGCCCCGGCGUCCCGCAGAGGGGGUCUACGCUUACAAACGGAGGAUCUACAUGCAGCGGGACUGCAGCUUGGAUUUCCUGGGCGUGGUCGGCUCGUGUCUUAACGGAGUCCCGUGAUGCAAAAAAAAAGUAAAACCUGUAAACCUUACGAUUAACGACGACCGGCUUUCUGAUGUCUCAGAGUCUGUAAUCCACCCGAGACAUCCGUUGGACGUCAAUAGAGCUACCCCCCUCCCAAAGGAAGUGAGCUGAACAAUGCUUUACAUUUUGACAAACAUAAUCUUUUUGUUGUUUUGUUUACUCUUACGUUUCAAUUCAAAAAGAAUUAAUAUUGGGUUAUAACUUAUAACUCUCCAGCCG